AUGAAAGGGAGCGUUUCUCCUUCCCCUGUCCAAUCCACGUCUGCCGCUGCUGCUCUCUCACCAUUUACAGACUCUUAUCCGGUGAUGACAGGGACCUGUAAGGCCCACGAUGCAAGGGAAACGGGCUGGGUGGGAGUGGUAGAGAGUGAGGAGAGACAGAGAGAGAGUGGUGUCGCUGGCGGAAGUUGGAAGUGGCUGAAACUACAGAUUUGCCUCUCUCUCUCCUCCCUCUCAGGUCCGGGUGACAGAGGACAGUGUAGCUCACCACGAAGUAGUCGGGAGGAGAAGGCAGUGCGAAUCCUUGCAAACUCUGCACGAGCCGAUGCUCAGGCGAUUAGAGUGUUCUCUUCCGGUUGGAUGGCAGACACCUUCUCCCUCUCCGUCAACGCGAUGCAACUCAACCUCUUCAAUGCACAACCGACGCAAUAG